AUGAAUAAGAGUUUUCACAAACCCCCGGAUAGCUCACUCAAACGAAGUAUGGAACAACGCACAGAGGUUCCGUCUUUGCACAUCUCAAGUACUGAUAAAUCGCAUGUCACGAUCAAGAUAGGAUAUACUGUAACGCACGGGUGGGAACACACUACAACGCUCACGAAGCAGCAACUAAGUAUUCUUGCUUUUUUGACAACUUCCUGUGGACGAGACAAUAAUUUGAAGAAAUGUAAUAAGAACAGGACGAAUCUCGGGCACGAUACGCUCAACGCUCCUCUCGACCCACAACUAUCCAGCUCUGAACGACAUGCACUAUUGGAUAAUCCAGUUACUGUUGUGCAUGAUGCUCAGAAUUUUCACGCAUGGUACAGUACAAUCGACGCAACACUUGCCCACGAGGCUGACGAAAGAUAUCGUUCCUAUGCUCACAAAUUGACCAAAUUAUGUUCAAGCUGUGACUGCCUUUUGACAAAAAUUUACGAUGGGUGUAGAAGCGUCUCUAUCGUAGUAGCUAUCCAUGAUGGUAUUGAGAAAAGAGGAGAGACGUUAAGAAAUGAUUGCCAGAGACUCAUGCGUGAAAUAGAAUAUCUGUGUCAGUUCGCCAAAGCAAUUAUGUCAAAGCUUGUAUUUUUUGAUGAGAUUGAUAAUGUUACUGGCUCACUUUCAGAAUCGAAUCUUCUUGUAGACACGUCUACGCUGGAUAAAAGCUCUUUAGUCGAUUUUAUCCAUCUGCUUGAACAUCUAGACUCCUGCAUAGAAUUUAUUGGGGAACAUCAACAAUAUGCUGGUGGAAAUAACUAUAGUCUGAAGUUACAGCAGCUUCGUAGCAGGGCUCUUGCUUCAAUACGGUUUCGCUUUAUUGCACUUUUAAAUGAAAUAAAUAUUUCUAUAUCAAAAAGCUGCAUGAAAGUGCAACAGGGGCAAGGUGUGCAGAAUUCCGAAGUUCUCCAUAAAAAAGUUAUCAAAGAAAUUGAAACUUGGUUCGAAACUUCAGAAGAACAUGUAGUAACCUCUAUAUUUUAUGUGAAAUAUGCCACUUUUUCACAAGAUUUGAAGUUUUUGAUCGGUGAGAUUGAAAAACGAACCCAGAAAGCAGAAUAUAAAUUACUGAUGAAAGACUGUCAUAAUUUAUACUGCGAAGAGCGUUCAAGGCUGUUAUCUGGCGCGGUUCGACUAAAAAUGCAUGAAAUUGUUGUGAAAGCUGCUCAAGAUGUGCAAAGCCUUACUCGUACAGGAAUUACAUAUCUAAUGGAUCUUGCUAUGGCGGAAAUCAGACUUUUCAAACAGUUAUUUGCGAUGAAUCAACGUAGUGAUGCUUUGGUUCCUCUCAUGAACUCUUUUGGCGGCCUUAUUUACGAUGUAUUGAGGCCGAUAUACAUCCAUAUAGGAAAUGUACAUGAGCUUGCAAAACUAGCUGAAAUCAUCAAGGGCGAAAUUCUAGAAGGAAUACUUGCUGACGAUGAAGAAACGCUUUUAGCACUUUCUCCUAUAUUGUACCAUAUGCUGGCUGAUAUACAGGAACGAAUGAUAUACCGAGCACAAACAUUUUUGCGUGACGAAGUUGGUAACUACAUCCCAUCUUCGAUGGAUAUUGAUUAUCCGAAAAAGCUCAUGUUUUGCAAUAACUUGACCAAGAAGAACUCCCUCAAUUUGUCUAGUCAAAGUGCUCUUUGGUACCCUCCGCUUGAGAAAACUUUGAAAUGUUUAAGUAGUCUAUACCGAUGUAUUGAAUCAACGACCUUUUCAGGGCUGGCACAAGAAGCUAUCAGUUUAUGCACAGAUAAUAUUAUACUUGCAAGUAAGAUAAUAUCUCGGACUUCUGGAGCAUCGGAUGGGCAGCUAUUUCUGAUUAAACAUCUUCUUAUUCUAAGGGAACAAAUUGCUCCAUUCGAUGCAGAAUACACAAUAGAAGUAAAGGAACUUGAUUUUAGCCAUAUGCGAGGUCAUAUGCAGCGUAUAUUUGCAGGAGAAUUAUCGUUGUUUGCACUGUCUCAAGACAAUGCUUUUUUUGUUCUUGCCUCUGAAGGACGACCCCACGUCCUGGAGUCUACCGUGAAUUCAAAGAAAGAACUCGAAAAAAAAUUAAAAAUUGGAUGUGAAGCCUUCAUCAUGACUGUUACAAAAUCAACUGUUGAGCCAAUGCUUCGUUUUAUCACGAAAGUAACAGCUUUUGAAUUCUCCGAAGGGGAUGGUAAAAAAUUGUCCACUUCAGCUUUUGGAUCUGAGAAAAGAGUUGCAGAAGUUAUUUGCAGUGUGAACAGCUCGCUUGAAACUUCCUUCAUUGAUAUGAUGAAUUCUCUGAAGAUUUAUAUCCGGGGAACAGAGACUCAAGCUUUACUACUCAAACCAAUCUUUUCAAAUAUAGUGGAAGCACAUGUUCAAUUCUUCAAUAUACUUCUUCAAGUGUACCCACGAGAAGUGUUAAAAGGCUAUGGUAUGCUUGAGGUUGAUGAAUUGAAUAAACUUUUUCAGGGCAUAAAGUCAUAUAACCCAAAAAUACACAAUUCACAAAAAAAUAGGACAAGGGGUAUUGACUUUCUUGACCGAACAAAACCUUUUUUAUUCCUUCGAAAGGCAUAUGGAACGGUUUGGCAAUCAAUAGAUAAGAGCAAUGGCAAAAAAAUUGCAAUUAAAAGGAUUACUGAGGCUUUUCGCAAUCAAAGAGAUGCAAAGGUGGCCAGUUAUAUGAGAAGGAUAGCGUGCUCUUCUAACAGUUUUAAAUACCAGCGUACAACUCGAGAAAUGUUCUGCUUAAAAAUUCUGGAUAAACAUAAGAAUAUUACCAAGUACGACAUUCAUUCCACUGUUUUUAAGUUGGACUUUCAAAGUUACAAAUGGAAACCUAUUUUACAUUACACGAAAAUUGAAGUGUGUAGGUCAAACCAGCUGAAAACAGUACAUAAUUACUAUGUGCUAUAUCAGAUCCUGAUCACCUUACAAUACAUUCAUAGUAAAGAUAUAAUCCAUAGAGACAUAAAGGUAGAAAGAUUCACUUCGGACUGCUUUUUAAAAAACCUCUUCAAAAAAAAGCCUAGCAAUAUAUUAAUAAACCAAGACUGUCAAAUUAAACUUGCCGAUUUCGGCCUAGCGCGUGGAAUAUUCUGUAAACAAACACAAAGAUAUGCAUGCGAUUUAACAUCGUACGUAGCAACGAGAUGGUAUCGAGCUCCUGAGAUUUUAAUGAAAUGCAAAGCAUACUCAAAAGCUGUAGAUAUCUGGUCCGUGGGUUGCAUUACUGGAGAGCUAUUUCAAAGGCGUGUUUUAUUUCCUGGAACCUCAACCGCACACCAGAUCAGAAUCAUAUUGAAAGUAAAAUGCAAUUUAAUAUCCUUGAAGUACUAUCCCUCAAUUUUUUUCCAGAAAACAACUUUGUACUCUAUGUCAUGGGAUUUGAAGAAUAUGAGUGGUGCAAUUCUCACGGAUAUGAUAUCUGGUGCUAAAUUUGAUCAUUUUUCGAAGGUAAAAAAAAGUCCUAAACUCAUGCACAAGAAACCAUUGGUAAGACUACUAAAUGGACUACUGGCAUGUGAUCCGCAAAAGAGAAUAACUGCUAGCAGUGGUCUCAGAGAUAUUAUUUUUCGUCGUUUCAUGGAUACAGCCGAAGAGAAUAAGAUCGUAGAAACAGAUUUGACACAAAAUUUCAACCGCAAAUCUAAGUCCUUCUGUCAAAAUAAAUUAUCUUUAGUUGACCUCAAGGGGAAAACAUUGCAGGAAUACAGAGAGUGCUUAUAUACCGAGAUCCUGAAAGAAAAAUAUCUCUUAAAUACUGGUAUAUACCAAAGGUUACAUGGAGGCAAUUCAAGUUUUUAA